AUGUCGGAAAUCAAGAAAGUGUCCACUGCCAAUGCCUGCCCUCCUGCGGGACCUUAUUCCCAAGCCAUCAUCGCCGGCCCCAGCAUCUUCGUCUCAGGCCAGAUCCCUGCAGACACAAAGGGCAACCUGAUCGAAGGCAGCAUCGCAGACAAGACCAAGAUGUGCUGUGAGAACAUCAAGGGCAUUCUCACCGAGGCAGGUGUCGGUCUGGACCGUGUCGUCAAGGUCAACGUUUUCCUCGACGACAUGGCCCACUUCGCCGAAAUGAACGGCGUCUUCGAACAAUACUUCUCGCACAAGCCUGCGCGCAGCUGUGUCGCGGUUAAGCAGCUGCCAAAGGGUGUCCCAGUCGAGAUUGAGUGCAUUGCUUACAACGGUUAA